GCUUGAAUAUUCAGGAGUGAAAUUUUGUAGAGUUUGAAUAAUGGGGAGUCCCCUGUUCUUGGUAUUGGGAGUCUUUGUGCUGUUGUUUAGUUGCGAUGCAGCUACACAGACUUUGAAUUCAAGUUGCCCUGUAAAUUUCACAGUUGGUGAGACCAAAACUUACCAAUUUUGUAACAGCCUAAAUGUAUUAGGAGCUACUCUGUCAUAUACGUAUGUUGUAGGGAAUGGGUCAUUGGAUAUAGCUUUCCAGGCUGCCCCUGCUGCUUCUGGGGGAUGGGUAGCUUGGGGUAUAAACCCACAGGGGCUAGCCAUGAUUGGCACACAGGCUUUGAUUGCCUUUCAAUCAAGUAAUGGAUCAACUGUGGUGGGCACAUAUGAUGUGGAAUCUAAGUCUGCUCCUUUGAAUCCCUCACCUAUUAGCCUCAGUGUGACCAACAAGAGUGCUGUGUAUGAGAGUAGCAGUGGGAAGAUAACAAUCUUUGCCUCCUUGGUGCUUACUUCCAACCAAACCAGUAUUAAUCAGGUGUGGCAAGUGGGCAGCUCAGUCACCAACUCAACUCCUGCCAUACACAGUACUGCCCCAGCUGAUCUCAGCAGUUUAGGGACACUGGUUUUCCAAAGUGGAGCCACCUAGUAACACUCAGUACAUUUUAAUCCAUGCACUGGUUAUGUAUGCAAGGACUUUGUUCCACCUAAAUAAUCUAUACAUAAACCAGGAUACAAAUUGUUUAAG